UCGUUCAGCCACAAGAGUGUGCAUGUGAGAGGAUUGCAAAUCUGCUCUGCCAAACCAGAAUUAGCCGGUAUCGCAGGAAUGAAAGAGCGUGGAGAUUUGAAAUUGCAGAGAAUGGAGACAAGGCGGUGCAGAGGACGUGCUGCCUGGGGAGCAGGAGGCCCCAGACCGGUGCCGCACUCUUAUGGAAAAUAAGCCCCAGGGCGGUGAGCACGGGCGAGGCUGAGCCGGCGCGGGCGCUGAGCGGAGCCGGGCGCAGGUGGACUCCGGAGCCCGCAGCAGCCUCCGUGGUCCCGGGGCGCGGAGCAGCGCCGCGGGUUGGGCUGACAGCGGGACUCGGUGCCGAGGCGCUCAGGGACGGCGGCGUUGGCGGAGCUCGACGCGGAAGAAAUACAUCCCCAUACUGGUUUCCUCUGAAAAGAUGUGGCAACUUCAUCUGCCUGCUGCUUCUUUACUCCAAGCUUUAUGAACUUGAACACAAAGGCACAUCAUCUUACUGGGACAGCAGAAGGUGACACAGAGAAGUAAUAUACAGAGAAAGACCAAUCUUUUUUGUGACCACAGUCAACCCAUGAAGAGUGAGCCACCUAAAAGUAUUUACUGCAUUUGCUUCAGAAUACUGUGGAGAAAAUGUAUGCUAGUCGAGAGGAUAUUGGCUAUGAUUUUGGAGAUGACUCCAAAGUUGGAAGUAAGCCAGUUAAACCUAAUCCAAACAUUGAUGGAGGAUGGGCUUGGAUGAUUGUACUUUCCUCUUUCCUGGUGCACAUACUCAUCAUGGGUUCCCAAAUGGCCCUUGGAAUACUCAACAUGGAAUGGCUUGAAGAGUUUAAUCAAAGUCGUGGCUUAACAGCAUGGAUUAGCUCCCUCAGCAUGGGCAUCACACUUAUUGUAGGUCCUUUUAUUGGUUUAUUCAUCAGCAUGUGUGGGUGCCGCACAACAGCCAUAAUUGGAGGGAUCCUGAAUGCCCUGGGCUGGAUACUGAGUGCCUAUGCCUCAAAUGUGCACUACCUCUUCCUCACCUUUGGAGUGAUAGCUGGUAUUGGAAGUGGCAUGGUUUAUCUGCCUGCAGUGGUCAUGGUAGGGCAAUAUUUUCAGAACAGAAGAGCACUUGCACAAGGGCUCAGUACCACAGGAACGGGGUUUGGAGCUUUCCUAAUGACUGCCUUACUGAAGUACCUCUGCACUGAAUUUGGGUGGAGGAAUGCCAUGUUCAUCCAGGGGGCCAUCUCCCUGAACCUUUGUGUCUGUGGGGCACUCAUGAGACCACUCUCUCUCAAAGAAUUCCGUGAAAAAUAUGUGGUGAGAAAUGACAGCGAAGAAAAUCGGGCCAAAGCUCUGUCCCACUCUACAGAGACUAUAAAAUCUAAUGGAGUCCUUGGUGAGGAACCAGAGAAAAAAGAAGAGGUAGCAAAUGAAGAAGUGCUUGGCAGUGUGCAACACAUAGAAAUUGGAGGUAAAUCUGGAGGUGGAAGGAGCAUGUUUGGACUACGCCUCUUUAAGACAGUGAGCCAGCUGACAGUUACAGUCAGGAAGGGCUUUGCUCUCUGGUACUCCAGCUACUUUGGAGCUGCAUCACUGUUUACCAAUAGAGUAUUCGUGGCCUUUAUCAUUUGGGCUUUGUUUGCCUAUAGCAGCUUUGUCAUUCCCUUUAUUCACCUUCCAGAAAUAGUCAAGCAGUACAACUUAUCUAGGCAGGACAAUGUAUUUCCUUUGACAUCCAUUAUAGCCAUUCUUCAUAUUUUUGGUAAAGUGAUCCUUGGAAUCAUCUCUGAUCUGCCAUGCAUCAGCACAUGGAAUGUCUUCCUCAUGGCUAACUUUACCCUAGUCACCUGCAUCCUUAUUUUGCCACUAAUGCAGACAUAUAUUGGCCUGGCUGUGGUUUGUGCUCUAAUAGGAUUUUCUAGUGGCUAUUUUUCUCUAAUGCCUGUUGUGACUGAAGAUUUAGUUGGAACUAAACACCUUGCAAAUGCCUAUGGCAUCAUCAUUUGUGCCAAUGGAAUAUCUGCUUUGUUUGGACCACCCUUUGCAGGUUGGAUCUAUGACAUCACACAAAAAUACGAUUUUUCUUUUUACAUAGCUGGAUUGCUAUACAUGGUGGGAAUAAUAUUUUUACUUAUACAACCUUGUAUUCAAAAGAAACAGUCAAGAGAAAAAUCUACAGAAGAAGCACAAGUAUAGAACAAAUUCCAGAACUUUUUUACAGAACAUUUUUUGGUUUUGUGUUUCUCUUGUGUGACAGUAUGAAGAUGUUUUUCUUACAGAACCAACCACAUUUAGCUGCACUGCACUUAAGUGAAAAGCAAAUGUUCUCCAUAAGGCUUAUAAAUUAUUGGAAAUGUGCUUUUAAAAUUGGUUAAGAUAUUUUUUACUUUAGAGCUACCAAAUACAGAGAUUAAAAGCACACUGCUAGUAUGUCAAUAUUAGAACAAUGCUAAGAAUACUUACCCUUGCUUCUCUUUUAAUAUUUCACCAUUAACCAUUGGUGAAAAUCCACUGACUGCAGUGCAGUUACUCUGAUUUACACUAGUCUUGUGAGAGAAUUUGGUGAGGACAUGAAUGAUUUACAAAAGUCCUUUUUACUGUGUAUUCAAUCCGAUGAAAGAUUAGUUACUGGGUAUUAGAAAAUGAUUGUAUUUCUUGCCUGGCCACUCAAGUACUGUUGAAAUGCUACUAUAAUAAUUCCAUUAAUUCAGUGUACUAAAAUUACUAUUUCUGUGAUGCAAAUCUGAAGAAAGGUUCUAAUAUAUUUCUAAAAUGAUUCAGUUGGACUCAACAGGUCCCUCCCAACCUAGUAUAUUCUGUGAUUCUACUUCAAUGAUUUUUAAUUUUGUAUUUUUAAAGUAUCAACUGCAUCUAAAGUACCCAUCCUCAAUACAUAGGCUGCAUUUUAAAGGCUGUGACACUUAAUGCACCUGAAGCAAAACACCUAUAAAUGAAGAAACAGGAAACAUAUGGCAAAUAUCAUUGUGACUGGAAAAUGUUUCCAGAAACAGUUUGAGUUCUUUGGCCCCUUUGCCUAAUUAGAGUUAUUGAAGAAUUUAAUAAAAUUGCCACUGACUCUUUACAUGGGAGUGAACUCUACUACAGCACACUAAAUUUUGCUAUAAUUUAAUUGUUCACCAACUUUGUUACAUAUGAGCAGUCAUGUUGCUGCUUGUAAUGUACCAUGAACUGACUAAGACUCAUCAUGUUUGAGACAUUUAUUCUCUAGAAAAUUAGAUACUGCAGAGCAUGGAAUAGCUAAAGAGCAUUUAAAAUAUUAAAAUACAUUUUCUUAACAUUAAGGGUCUGGUAACCAGUGCAGAAGGUGAUGUAUGGUGGUUGAAGGCAUAUUUUUUUCAGCUUUGAGAGGUGAGUCUGAUGUUAAUUUUCCUAUCAAAUAAGAACCACUGUAAGUUUUCCUACUCUUAGCUUUAUGAAAGUUGUUUGCAUGACUAAUCAGGUUCUUAGUUAUAUAUUUCUACAUGCUGCUGGAAUUCCUUAAAAAGCAAUUGAAACUAUUCAAUUGUAUUGAAGAACUAUUGGGAAACAGUUCAGUACACAACAAUCUCAAUAUCCUUAUCUUCUUUAUAGCUGCAAGGUUGGUUAACAAAAAGUUCUGAAUGUGUAUUGUUCUAUAUUGCAAUUCACCAGCUUCUUAGUGUUGCACUUCUACAACUCUUGUCAGGGACAUAUUUUAAAGUAUUCCUUAAAGAUCACUGAGCCAAGUUAAAAAAUAAAACCUUAAGAAACCCUGAAUUACUUUAAGAUUUACAUCAGUGCAAUCUUAUAGGUUAGUUAUGUAUGGCCUUUAAAAUUCACAUAAGACAACUGAGGUGACACUGAACUGCAACACACGGUGUGAACACACAGUCAGUAACUUCUUAAAAUCAGCUUUUGUUAUUGGAGAAAAUGUGCACGUAAAUUUUCACAGUUCUUUGUUACAGGUUCAAUGUCUUGGUGGGAAUGCUGCUGAUGGCUCAUUUGAUCUGAGCUUUUUUUUUUUUUUUUUUUGAAAGAUAUGCAUCCUUCAUACAUGGAUCUUCAUUUUGUCUUUUGUCAAAAGCAAUGGUAUUUGCAUAUUACAGUAAUAAUAAAUAUGUUGUUCACUUGUGAUAUCUGCAAUAGAUCUUUCUAUAGAGGUUCUUACAGGGCCAUAUGUUGGGAAUAAAAUUGCAUUACCCAAAAAUACACUUUCUGUUCAUUUAUUAAGCUAGUAUAGUAUUUUAGCCACAUAAUGGAAUUUGUAUUCGUCAUUAUCCUAAAAAGACAUAAUCACAAAAAUGAAAGAAUAUAUAUGGAAAUGCUCCUUAUACCUAAAGAUCAACAGUCAAUGAAUGUUUCCAGCAUAUUGGUAUGUAGUUCUAGAACAAAAAAUUUAAAUAAACAAAUAUUUAAGUAUUAAAGUACUGGUUAAUAAAUGAACAGAAUUAUACAAGAACCCUCUAUUCAUAGUUUUUAAUCAAUUUAUAAAAUUCAAGUUUAGUACUUGGCAUGUUAAAAAAUUGUAAACUCCUUACACUCUUCAAAUAUGAAACUAUUAUAUCCAAAUACUGAAAUCAGUGGUUUAAUACUUGGGUCCUAAAUCUAGUCAAUUGUAAAUGAUGUGUUAAUUACCCUCUAUAAAUGACAGUGCCACAGCAUCUGCUAUAAGCCAUGGAGUACCUAUAGCAUAGAUACAAAACAGAGAAAUCAGAAUGAAGAAAUACAAAGUAGCCACAACCUGUUCUAUUGCAGUAACUGCUAUGAUGCUGAUAAAACACAAUUUCAGGAUACCCAACCUAUUAAACAUUGUAAUAUUUA